AUGGCGGACAUGCCCAUUGUGCUCGACGGAGGAACCGGUUUCCUGAAAGUCGGAUAUGCAGGCCAGAACUUCCCAGAGCACCAGUUCCCCUCGAUAGUGGGGCGGCCCAUUUUGCGGACAGAGGAACAAGGCGGUGAUAUCGUGGUCAAGGAUAUCAUGUGCGGUGAUGAAGCUGCUGCUGCACGAUCAAUGCUUCAGAUCACCUAUCCGAUGGAAAACGGAAUCGUCAAGAGAUGGGACGACAUGCAACAUCUGUGGAACUAUACCUUUUACGACAAGAUGAAGAUCGAUCCGACUGGCCGCAAGAUCCUCCUGACCGAGCCGCCCAUGAACCCGCUGAAGAACCGCGAGCAAAUGGCUGAGGUGAUGCUGGAGGGGUAUGGCUUUGGCGGCGUCUACGUGGCGAUCCAGGCGGUGCUGGCACUGUAUGCCCAGGGUCUGAGCAGUGGCGUGGUCGUGGACUCGGGCGACGGCGUCACCCACGUCAUCCCCGUGUACGAGUCUACCGUGCUGAACCACCACAUCCGUCGACUGGAUGUCGCCGGCCGCGAUGUCACUCGCAAUCUCAUUGCUCUUCUCCUGCGCCGCGGCUACGCGCUCAACCGUACUGCAGACUUCGAGACCGUGCGCCAGAUCAAGGAGAAGAUGUGCUAUGUCUCGUAUGACCUGGAGCUCGACAAGAAGCUCUCCGAGGAUACUACGGUACUGGUUGAGUCGUACACCUUGCCGGAUGGUCGUGUCAUCCGUGUCGGGAGCGAGCGUUUCGAGGCUCCGGAAUGUCUCUUCCAGCCUCAUCUGGUCGAUGUCGACCAGCCCGGAAUUGCCGAGUUGCUCUUCAACACCAUCCAGGGCGCGGACGUCGACGUUCGUUCCAGUCUGUACAAGGCUAUUGUUCUCAGUGGUGGUAGCAGCAUGUACCCCGGUCUGCCAUCGCGGUUGGAGAAGGAGUUGAAGCAGCUCUGGCUGACUCGGGUGCUGGCCGGGAACCCGGAGCGACUGAACAAAUUCAAGGUCCGCAUCGAAGAUCCCCCGCGACGACGACACAUGGUGUUCCUGGGUGGCGCCGUGCUCGCUAACCUGAUCGCCGACAAGGACGACAUGUGGGUUUCGAAGCAAGAGUGGCAGGAACAGGGCGCGCGCGCCCUGGAAAAGCUAGGCCCGAGAUGA